AUGAGUUCUGAUUUAGUUGCUGAUUUGAUUGUUGAAGGUGUUCGUGAUGAUCUAUUGACACGUCCAGUUCAUGUUGUUCGCGAUUUUAAGUUAGGGUUUGGGCUGAGAAGAUUAUUUGUUGCUUUUCAUGGAUCCAUUAGUGGAUUUGAUUAUUGCCGACCUCUCUUAUUCCUUGAUGGCACAUUUUUUAAGGGAAGAUUUAGAGGAAAUUUACUUGCCGCUAUAGGAAAAGAUGGAAAUCAAGAUUUCUUUCCUGUUUGUUUUGGAAUUGUUGGCUCAGAGAAUCAAGACAACUGGCAUCGUAAUCUUGGAUUAGUUGAAGUUUUGCCAAAGGUUUUCCUAAUGGCUUUCCAUGCAUAUUGUUUAUAUCAUUUGAAGAUGAACUUGAGGCAUCAUUUGUGUGGUAUGUUUCGUGGAUUGAAAGAAAAACUGAUCACUGUGUUUAGGAAAUGUGCAUAUGCUCCAACUGAAGAAACAUUUCAUCAAUGUUUGGUAGAGUUAAAGACUGAUGAUGGGCCAAGAGUUGAAAAGUUUUUAGAUGACAUACCAUAUGAUCAUUGGAGUAAUGCAUAUUUUCGAGGGCAACGCUUUGGAGAGAUGUGGUCGAAUGUAGCUGAAUUUUUUAAUUUGUGGAUACGGGAAGAACGCCAUAUGCCUAUCACAAAGUUGAUUGAUAGUGUAAGAAUUAAGUUGAUGAGGAAAAUUGCUAAGAUGACGGAUCUUGUUAAUAAAUGGAAUGGUGUGAUAUGUCCUAAAAUAGAGUCCAAGUUGCAUAAUGCUUUUAAUACUUCGAGGCCAUGGAUUGUUAGUUCAUUUGGGAAUGAUGUCUAUGAGGUGCUUUCACAUCCAUCUGUUUCAGUUGACAUUAGUAGACGAAUAUGUUCUUGUGGCGAGUGGCAGUUGAAAGGGUUUCCAUGUGCACAAGGAGUUGGUGUUAUACAAAAGAGUGGACAUGAUUUGAGUUUAUUUGUUGGUCAAUACUUCUAUGUUCAAAGUUAUCGAGAGUCCUAUUAUUUUUCAAUAUAUCCUCUUCCUUCAGUUUGGAAACCAGAUUGUAAUGCUGAUGGUGAAAGUGAUGUUGUUCUUCCUCUUUUGUCUAGGAAGCAACCAGGAAGGCCAAAUAAGAAGAGGAUUUGUUCUAAUGGUGAGAAAGUAAGGCAAAUUACUUAUGGUAGAUGUGGAAAGGUUGGCAAUCACAAUAAAAAAUCGUGUAAGGAGGCUUUGUGUUUUUUUGUAGGUGGUUUGUGA